AUGGCAAAAUCGGUUUUCAAUUUCUUUCAUUUUGAAAUAUUGGAGUAUUUAAACCGUUUUGUGUAUCAUUCACAAUACUUUCUUCCAUACUACUGCUCUCUUGAAGUUCUUGGGAAGAGCCGAAAAAAUUGGACAUUUCAAUAUUGGUGCUUAUACAUUACUACUGACAAGAAGAUAAUAAAAAAGAAAGAUUUCUAUCACCGAUAG